AUGGGUAGUGGUGAAUACUCCCCAUUAUUUGAGACAAGAAGGGGAAGAGGGAGGCUCAUCUAUAGGACCUUUGCAAUCUCAUUAUUUGUGAGUAUAUGUUUCAUCUGGGUUUACAGGUUGAGCCACAUAACAAGAAAUGGUGAAGAUGGAAAAUGGGCAUGUCUUGGUUUGCUUGGUGCAGAGCUAUGGUUUGGCUUUUAUUGGGUACUCACUCAAGCACUCCGAUGGAACCUUGUCUUCAGGCAACCCUUCAAGAAUAGACUCUCUCAAAGAUAUGAGAAUAGGUUGCCAAGAGUGGACAUCUUUGUAUGCACAGCAGACCCAGAGAUUGAGCCAUCCAUGAUGGUGAUUAAUACAGUGUUAUCAGUUAUGGCUUAUGACUAUCCAGCUGAGAAGACAAGUGUGUAUCUCUCCGAUGAUGCUGCCUCAGAAAUCACGUUCUAUGCUAUGCUAGAGGCUUCUACCUUUGCAAAGCAUUGGGUUCCAUUCUGCAAGAGGUUCAAUGUGGAACCCAGGUCCCCUGCUGCAUAUUUUAAUAGUGAGCCUAAUCAAACCAAAGAAUUGGAAGCUAUCAAGAAACUAUACAACGAAAUGGAAAGACGAAUUGAAGAUGCAACCAAGUUGGGUGGUGUACCCAAAGAAGCACGAUUAAAGCAUAAAGGGUUUUCUCAGUGGGAUUCAUAUUCUUCUCGACGUGACCAUGACACAAUUCUUCAAAUACUACUUCAUAAAAAUGAUCCAAAUAACUCAAAAGAUGUAGAUGGGUUCGUUUUGCCAACUCUGGUGUAUUUGGCUCGCGAGAAGAGGCCCCAAUAUCACCAUAAUUUCAAAGCUGGAGCUAUGAAUUCAUUGUUAAGGGUGUCUUCAAAUAUCAGCAACGGGAAAAUCAUUCUUAAUGUCGACUGUGACAUGUAUUCAAACAAUUCACAAACUGUGAGGGAUGCUCUCUGUUUUUUCAUGGAUGAAGAGAAAGGCCAUGAAAUUGCUUUUGUUCAGUAUCCACAGCAUUAUGAGAAUGUCACUAAGAAUGAUUUAUAUGGAAGUAUUUUACUAUCAGCUAGCGAGGUGGAGUUCCAUGGUGCAGACGGUUAUGGUGGCCCUUUGUAUAUAGGAACUGGCUGCUUUCACAAGAGAGAUAGUCUCUGUGGGAUGAAGUUCAGUGAUCAAUACAGGAAUGACUGGAAGAGCGAAGAUGACCAAUUCAUAGAAGCAAUUUUUCAAGAACUAGAAGAAAAAUCAAGGGCUCUUGCAAGCUGCACCUACGAAGAAAACACACUAUGGGGAAAAGAGAUAGGUUUGAAAUAUGGGUGUCCAGUGGAGGAUGUGAUAACUGGAUUGUCUAUACAAUGCCAAGGAUGGAAGUCAGUGUACUGCAACCCACCAAGGGGGGCUUUCUUAGGUGUAGCUCCAACCACUUUGUCUCAAGCACUUGUUCAACAUAAGAGAUGGUCUGAAGGACACUUUCAAAUUUUGUUUUCCAAGUACAGCACUGUGUGGUAUGCUCUUGGAAGGAUCAAUUUUGGACUCCAAAUGGGAUAUUGUAUUUAUGGCUUAUGGGCACCUAACUGUUUGGCAACACUAUAUUACUGCAUCAUCCCUUCACUCUAUCUCCUUAAAGGCAUUCCCUUGUUUCCAAAGAUGUCAAGUCCAUGGUUCAUACCUUUUGCAUAUGUAAUACUCGGGGAAACUAGUUGUAGUUUGUUGGAGUUUUUGUUCUCUGGAGGCACAUUUCAAGGUUGGUGGAAUGACCUACGGAUAUGGUUAUACAAGAGAACAAGCUCUUACCUAUUUGCCUUUAUUGACACCAUCUUGAAGCUUUUUGGAUACUCAAAUUCAGCCUUUACAAUCACAGCUAAGGUUACAGAAGAAGAUGCUUCCAAACGCCAUUAUAAAGAAAUUAUGGACUUUGGAACCUCCUCUCCAAUGUUCACUAUACUAGCAACACUUGCAUUGCUCAAUUUGUUUUGUUUUCUUAGUGUGUUGAAGGAUGCAGUCCUAAGGGAAGGUGGUCUUGGAGCUUAUGAGAAAAUGGUGUUGCAAGUUCUAUUGUGUGGCUUUCUGGUUCUCAUCAAUUUGCCUCUUUACCAUGGCCUUUUCUUAAGGAAGGACAAUGGCAGAUUGCCAAGCUCUAUUGCCAUCAAAUCAACAGCACUGGCUCUAGUUGUAUUCAUCUCCUUCAGCUUUCCUCUCCAUAAUCGUCUUAAGAAAGACCUUAUUUCCUUGUCUUAUCUUCCCAAUCCUCAGGCUUUCAAAAUUCUUGAAACUGAUGCCUUAGACAUAGGUUAUGGUGGCAUUCUCAAACAGGAAGAUAAACAGUGUCCUGAAAUGCUGAAAUCGAUAAAAUCAACCUCUUCCAAAGAGAGAAAAGGAAACCUAAUCCUUGCUGGGUUAGCUAAAAAAUCACAAAAAUCUGGGUCUCCAGCCCUGCAACAAUCUGGGUCAUCAACCCAACCCCAAACUGGGUCACCCACCCAAAGAGUUGAGGAUACUUCCUCUUCUAAACAAACCAAAGCAGAUUAUGCUAUGCCAAUCUAA